CGUGUGAGGCGGUUGGUGGGGGAGAUGCAGCAGCUAAAGCAGCAGCUUGAUGGCAUGGUGAGGAGGAGUGGAGGCAAGGUGAGGGGUGGGGGUAUGGUGAGGGUUGGUAUGGGGAGGGACGGAGGGGGUGGGGAGGGCAUGGAGGAGGCAGCAAAGGCACUGGCAGAAAGUGUAGCGGAGCAGGCUAAAACGAGGAUGCAGCAGGAAGAGGAGGCGGAUGACAGGCGGUUGUUGCAGACUAUGGAUCAAACAGCGCUAGAAAGGCUGCUGGGGUAUGGGAGAGAGGAGACGGGCGCGAGUGGGAAGCAGGAGAAGGAUGGCGGUGGGAGUGGCAAGUGA